UGCAACUAUCAAACCGAAAGCGGGGCCUUUCUACGCUGAUCCACUACGAUAGUGUCAUGGUCAAUAUCAUGAUUGUAACAUGAUAUAAAAAAAAAGCCUAAAAAAAGUUCCUUGAAAAUGUCACAUAUCACGGGAGAAAGGAGUAUGCAAAAAUAUAUAACAGCAAACACCUACCGAUUCAUCUCCAUUUCUCUAAAAUGGACGCGCGCACGACCGACUUAGUAACCUAUAAAAAUGAUGGAUAUUGGAGUCCAUCGAAUGCUAUCCACAACAAAAGCGGUGAAACGGAGAUAAGGGAUCGGAUCAAGGGUCUUCGUGACACGGCAAGAGCGCUCGGAGAAGUCGAGGAAAGCGAACGAAUUGCAAAAGCUUUUGAGGAUAGAUAUAAUUUGCAGAAUGACAUCCAGGAUCUCCUUGUCCGUGAGCUGAAGGAACAGGAUGAACUAGAGCACGAGACAAAAAAGUGUUUGCGACAUGCCCGCAUGAAAGCAGAUGAGGAGAUUAAAGGACUAAAAAUCAAAUUAGAUAAGAUGAAGAUUGAGAACUCUGACGAAAUUUCCAAAUUGCAAGUGGAGGUCAAGUCGCUUGGAGAGAGUGUUGAGAGGAAAAAAAGUGAUGCGAAGUAUGCUGGAGAAAGAGCAAGCAGAGCAAGACGCGAUCUUACUGCGGCAACAGCUGAAACUGAGAAAGUGGAAGCUCAAAUCGAAGCCUACAAUCAAAGAAAAAUUGAAUUGAGCAACCAAAUCGCGGAAAUCUCGGGCCAUAAGAGCAGCAACAUAAUGGGGAAAACACCGACGAAGGCGGAAUUCACAUCGCACAUGGGUCAGUUUAUCAAUUCCGCGCUGCCGAUAAUGCUCGACGGAGUGCUGUCCCACGAAGAGACGUUAACGAAAUUCAACUCCAGGUUGAGAUGCUGUCUGCAAGACGUAGAAUUGCAAUGCACUCAGCUGAUUAGCUGCACACGGAAUGCCUCGAAGUUAUUGGCUAGCAAUGAUACGGCGCUGCAGCAACAGCUAGAUACCGAACUGCAUAAACUCAUCCUGCAAAACUGGGAUUCGUUUGUAGAGUCUACUACGCGACAGCUGGCCUGUACGCAUCGGUUUACAGACGAAGCACUAAGUUUCUUGGUCGAAGCCAAGCUCUGGCCUAUGCUGUUCCGCGAGUGUCCGGACUUCCACUUGAUAAGCUGGAGCACUAUAGGAAGUGUUGAGUUGUACAACAAGGCUGAGCACAACUUGUUGGAGGAAAUGGAUAUGAAGAACCGACUUCAGAAAGGCGAUCCGUGCACUGUCAUUGUCCCUGGGCUGUCCGCUAGAGAUAGUUCCACGGUUCACAAAGCCGCGGUGUUACCUUCAGCAUAUGGAUUGAAGGGCUGA